CGAGAAGGUGCAGGAGGAGGGGGAACAUUGGGUGGGGCGUGGCUCUCGUGUCCGCGCGCCUGGCCUGCAGCUUGGAACCUGAGCACGUCACCGCGGAGCAGAGUGAUUCCUAUUGGCGGAUUGGCUGUUCCAUCGUGGACAUCACAACGCGGAAGUUGGACAAUGAGCUUCAGACUGAAACUUCCUUCUCCGGGCAACAUCUGUGAGGAAAUCAGUGUUUCCCCCUUUCUAUUUCUUUUCUAAUUCUGAGCUUAAAUUGUCGACUUGCAGGAACUGAAAGAAAUGAAACGAAUCCAGGGAGGGUGCAGACUCUGGAAAGGUUGCCCCAGGCCUCAAUGAAAGGUUGAAGAGUCUUACGGACUCGAAACGUUAACUAUGUUCCUCUCCACAGAGGCUGUCAGACCUGCUGAGUUUUUCCAGGACAUUUGCAAACAGAAAUCUCAAACCAAACGUCACAUCAACAGUCACUCGGUUCAUCACAAUGUGAGUAUCAUCGGCCUUGGAAUCUAGAAGGAGGACUGUUUGUCUGUUCUGUCUGCUUCGAAAGGUUAUAAACAUCAGUGUGACUGGAAAAGCAUCGAGACACAUAGACCCGAUUGAGAGAGUUCCAGUGCACUGACUGUGGAGAAAGCUAAACAUUUUGACAAAAACAUGAGACCAUUAACAGUGGGGAGAGACUGUACACGUGUUCUGUUUGUAGAAGUGUUUUCAACUGAUUGUUGAAACUGGAAAGACACAAGGACGCCCGCACAAUGGAGAAACCGUGGAAGUGUGGGGACUGUGGGAAGGGAUUCCGGUCACCGUCUGCACUGGAAAAUCAUCGACGCAGUCACACUGGGGAGAGACCAUUCACCUGCUCUGUUUGUGGGAAGGGAUUUACUCUCUCAGCCAACCUGCUGACACAUAAGCGAAUUCACACUGGGGAGAGACCAUUCAUCUGCUCUGUUUGUGGGAAAGGAUUCAGUGAUUCAUCCGCGCUGCAGGCACACCAGCGAAUUCACACUGGGGAGAGGCCAUUCACCUGCUCUGACUGUGGGAAAGGAUUCACUCAGUUAUCCAGCCUGCUGAUACACCAGCGACUUCAUAGCGGGGAGAGACCUUUCACUUGCUCUGAGUGUGGGAAGGGAUUCAAUCAGUCAGCUAACUUGCUGACACACCAACGGGUUCACACAGGGGAGAGGCCGUUCACCUGCUCCGAGUGUGGGAAAGGAUUCACUCAUUCAUCCGCCUUGCGGAGACACCAGCGAAUUCACACCGGGGAGAGACCGUUCACCUGCUCUGAUUGUGGGAAGGCAUUUACUCAGUUAUCCAGCCUGCUGACCCACCAGCGAAUUCACACCGGGGAGAGACCGUUCACUUGCCCUGACUGUGGGAAGGGAUUCAUUCAUUCAUCUGCCUUGCAGACACAUCAGCGAGUUCACACCGGGGAGAGACCAUUCACCUGCUCUGAGUGUGGGAUGGGAUUCACUCAGUUAUCCAGCCUGCUGAGACACCAGCGAGUUCACACCGGGGAGAGGCCGUUCACUUGCUCUGACUGUGGGAAGCGAUUCAGUGAUUCAUCCACCCUGCUGAUGCACCAGCGAAUUCACACUGGGGAGAGGCCAUUCAUCUGCUGUAACUGUGGAAAGAGAUUCAGACAUUCAUCCACCCUGCUGAAGCACCAGCAAGUUCAUGCUGAGGAGAGGCCAUUCACCUGCUCCGCUUGUGGGAAGGGAUUCACUCAGUUAUCCAGCCUGAUGAGACACCAGCGAGUUCACAGAUGAUUGCAGAGAUUCUGCUGUUAUUGCUGCUGUUAAUCACAUCCAGGACUGAACCAUGAUCAUUCUGACUGUUGGUGAAGUGGGAGGGUCAGAGGGUUUCUUUCUGCUGGGCUGGCUGGUCUCACGGCUUUGCUUCCAGUGAGCUGAUGCUUUUUGAGCCUGGGCGUGCACAUUCCCACUGAAAUGAUCCACAAAGCUGAUUAAGUACAUUUAUUGUAUCCUAAAUAGUAAAUAGUGUUUUUCCUACCGCUACAGAUAGAUCACAAAUAAAUACAUUUGUCUCUGUUCCAUUGAGUCUACAGCAUGGGGCCAGGCCAAUUGGUCUAUGUCAGUAUUUAUGCUCCACAUGAGCCUCCGCUUCAUCUCCCCCCAUCAGCAUAUCUUCCUAUUUCUAUCUCCCUCGUGUAUGUAUCUAACCUCUGCUUAAAUGCCUUCAUGUUUUUCACCUGAACCACUCGCUGUGGUAGCAAGUUCCACAUUCUCACCACUCGCUGGGUAAGGUUUGUCAUGAAAUCCCUAUUGGAUUAUUGAAUCCCUUCAUAAUCUUAAAGACGUCCAUCAGGUCAUCCUUCAGUCUUCUCUCUUUUUUCUGAAAAGUGUCAGUGAAGAAAAUGCUUUCGGUUCUGGUAUUGUUCUUUUUCUAAAUGGUAAUCACUAAUGUUGACAGUACUCCCAGUUAAUCUAACCAUGGUUCGAAACAAGUUGAACAUAAACUCCCUGCUUUUCAAUUCUAUCCCUCUAUAAUGGAACCCUAUAUAUGGACCACACAUUAAAGGAAAGAUGUGAAUUCUUUGAGAGGCUGGAGACAGGAUUUAUGAGAACAGCACCAGGGAUGAGGGCCUUCAGUUAGUUGGAGAAACUGGAGUAGAUUAAAUUCCUCUCUUUAGAUCAUAGAGUUAUGCAUUCGGCCUAUCAAUUGCAUGCCAGCUCUCCAGAGUGAACCAGUUAGUUCCAUUGCUCCGUUCCAUCCUCACAUCCCAUAGGUUUAUUUGUCCACCCAAUUAUCUCCGCUUCUCUCACCCACAUUGGAAGCAGAUUCCUGACCACUCACUUUAAUUGCCCACGAGGCUCACAGAGCAAAGAGGGAGGCCAUUAUGCCCAUCACGUUCAUGCUGGAUCUUUGAAAAACAACUCAACUAAUCCAGUUGCCCUGCAGUUUUCCUUUCAAGAAUCUGUCCAGAUCCCUUUUUAAAGAUAGAAGUGAAUCUGCUUCUUGCACCGUUUUCAGGCAGUGCAUUCCAAAUCACAACAACUUGCUGUGUUUUAAAACAAAUAAUUCAGGAUAUUGUAUGUUUGAAGUUUCACAUAGUAUUCAAAAUGGUGUCAAAGAUGUGGUUAUUACAAAAAAUUAAGGUUCAAUCUUUAUCAAUGAUUUUGACGAGGGGAUUGUGUGUAAUAUAUUCAAUUUUCUGGACAAUUACGAAACAAUACAUUUCAUAGUACCUUUCAGGAUCACAGGACCUCUUAAAGUGUUCUGCAGCCAAUAAAGUAGUUUUGAAGUUUCAUCAUUGUUGUAAUAUAUGAAACUAUAGAUAGGGCGGGGUAGUCAAAUUUCAUUUUAAAAAUCAAUCACUUUCAUCCUGUAUUCACUGUUAUAAGUAACAAGGUCUAGGAAGCCAUUUUAAACUCUGAACAUGUGGCUUGAAACUUUUGCACAUUGUAUAACUUUUCUUUAUUAAAUACAUAUUGGUUUUGUAUUAAUAGCCAGUCAUGAACCAGAUGAUUAUUCAGUAAUGAACAUUGAAUAAGAUAUCACUUAGUGAAUCAAUGUAAUAGAUAAUUAUAUUAUAAAGGGUGCAUCUGCAUUUUAAAAAUGAACACCAUAUAAAGCUAUUUUUUCUAGAAACUGCAGAGCUAGCAGAAAUUGUUUAAGCAAAUAAAUUAUUUUCUAAUUUUGAUAAGCUAUAGGACAUCAUAUUCUGCCAAAAUCCAGUUUAAGAAUAAGGCUCGUUGUUUAAUCUAAUCAUGAUCAGUAAAAAAGAAAGCUAUUGUUUUCCAUAAACUGUUGUUUUGAACCACUGUAUCUUGUAUUAACCAAAUGCAUUGAUUAAAUAUUACUGUAUUAAUUAACUAUCAGUAACAGAUGUUUAAGUAAUGAGCCUUAAUUGAGUUACAAUUAAUGAAUCAAUAAUGAAUCAGUAGUUAUAGUAAAAGACUGAGUUUUAUUUACUGUAAAGAUGUGAAACCUUAAUUGCUGUGUAUGUAGAGAAUGUGCAAUGAAGAUAAAUGUACUGGUAAGAGAGACCUUCAAGCUCUGAUUAGCCUCAAAAUUUGAAACUGUCUGAAAACCUGGCUGAUUGUAUAGAAUCAGAUAAAGGGAUAGUCUGAAACAGUUCCAUUGUAUUCCUGUCGAUGAUAAUGAGAGGAGGUUGUGUAAGUAAUUGUGAAUACAAUUAAUCUAGUAACUAAAUUGACCAAUUGUCAUGUUACAACAAGCCCCACUCUGAUGUGAGGUAAUGGUCACUUUGGGGAUAAAAGGUCUUCCUUGCUAGCCAAGUACUGAAGAUUCCGAAGGCUGAGUUCCAAGGAAAUUACUGUCAAAGAAGGAGCCAGAGAGGGUGACGCUUCUACGGACUGAUCACCCACACGAAGUUGUAAAAGUUAAUGUCUUAAAAUUGUUAAGUAAACCUUUAUCUCAUAAUGAAUGGGGGAGGCAAUGGUGUAGUGGUAUUGU